GUAUUUUCCGUGUUGACGUCGACACGUGUAUCUGGUGCAAUCUAGCAUCUGAGGCGGCGACCCAUUAGAGGAAGGCUGCAAUGUCAGCAAGCUAGCGUUUCUAGUACGAAACAAGGCCUUUCUUCUGUUGAAAACGGUGUCUGGCAGUGGUGAAGUAGUGAAUACAUCUGUGACAGUGAUCAUUUUGCUUUGGCCGGGUUAUAAAGGAAUAACGUUAGCUGCGUCAUAAGGCUUUGUUGUUAUUAUUGGUGUUGUUUAACCCAGACUAAAGCUAACGGUAGAUACAUUUAGCAUCACAGCUAACCCAUCUCUUUCCUCGGGGGUCCCGACUAACUUACAAGACCUUAACAUGCCAAAAGAGGGAGACAACGAGUCGAAGGAGGAGAGGACACAGGAUGCUCCUGAGGAGACAGUGAGGAAGAGGGUCCGAGCAAAUACUCCGAGCCCACAUAGGGGAAACACUCCUCAAGCCAGCCCCUCCAGGUUUGUCUCUGUGGAGGAGCUGAUGGAGACAGCUAAAGGAGUCACCAACAUGGCUUUGGCCCAUGAAAUAAUGGUCAACGAUGCUUUUCAAGUCAAACCUGCAGAGCUUCCUGAAGGGAGUUUGGAGCGCAAAGUGAAGGAGAUUGUGCACAAAGCAUUCUGGGAUUGUUUGGAGGCUCAGUUGAAGGAGAAUCCGCCAACGUACGAACAUUCCAUCAAACUGCUGGCUGAGAUCAAAGAGACACUGCUAUCUUUCUUGCUGCCUGGCCACGGUCGUCUGCGCUCCCGUAUCGAUGAGGUUUUGGAUCUGCCUCUAAUCCAGCAGCAGGCUGAGAAUGGAGCGCUUGACAUCAGUCAGCUGUCCCACUUCAUUGUUGGGAUGAUGGGCUCGUUGUGCGCUCCCUGCAGAGAUGAGGACAUCGAUAAGCUGAAGCAGAUCACCGAUAUUGUGCCUCUGCUCAAGGCUAUAUUCUCUGUGCUGGACCUGAUGAAGGUGGACAUGGCUAACUUUGCCCUGACUAGCAUCAGACCUCAUCUGAUGCAACAAUCGGUUGAGUUUGAGAGGAGCAAGUUCCAAGAGUUUCUGGAGAAACACCCCAAUGCCUUAGACUACACUGAGAAGUGGCUUGAGGAUACAGUGAGAUGCCUGAGAGAGCCCGGGGCGGAUGGAUCUAGUGCUGCCACAUCUGACCCUCCCUUACUCCUCCCCGUUAAUGUCCAUAAUCAUGCCUAUCUACGCCUGCUGAGGUGGGACCACACCUCAGACCCCUUCCCAGAGACAGUGUUGAUGGAUCAAGUUCGGUUUCAGGAGAUGCAUCAUGAGGCUGAGCAAUUAGUCCUGCUCUCCUCUGUGCUCCUCAUCAUCUACACUACAACAGGGGAGGCUAUCUCAGGCCUGCCGGGGCUGAUGGAGACUCUUAAAAGCACUGUUAAUGUUCUGCUUGCAGACAUGCACACACCGUCUUUUAGUGCACAGGAGGCCUUAGCGACCAUCGGAGAGAAACUGUGUGUUGAGCUGAGUCAGUGUCUAAGCCAACAUGGCUACUCUCCAUUGUCAGCCGACCGAAAGAGCACUCUGAGGGGACAAAUCUCUGCUACCAUCCAGCCAGACAACACAAUCCGCAAACUGAUGGAGUCUCGGGUUCAGAACUAUCUCCUGGCUUCGCUGGAGUCCAGUCAACAUAAGACCCCUCCUCCUCUCCCAGGAGGUCUGGCUCCAGUCAGCAGGGAGCUGAAGGAGCUUGCUGUUCGCUUCAGUCGCCUCAUCAACUUCAACAAGCUGGUCUUCUCCCCUUUCUACCAAAAGAUUCUUCAUAAAAUACUGACAACAGGGGAGAGUCCCAGCACAGAGACGUAAACACUGAAAUGAAGUAAGAGUGAUGUGAAGAGUGGUCUGUAGUUUUGCAAUUUCCCCUCACUAGUAACGGUUAAGAUUUAGAGCAACGAGUUGAGGAAGCUGAUCUGUAUUCAGCGGGCAAAGCCAGUUCCCAAGAGCAUGCACCUUAAACCAACAUAAUCAGAAAACGCUGGCUACCAAAUCAGUUGCAUUAAAUCACAGUGUUGCUUAAUGGGCUGGGAUGAUAUGCUUUUGUCCGGAUUCGAUUCUGUCAUGAUUAGGGCUGUUGGAACGAAUUCCGAAUGUUGAAUAUAAUUCAAAUAGUAAAAAAAUCAAUACUAUUCCAAU